CAAAAGUACUGUUGUUUUAAACCUACUGCAGACGUGUGCGGACGAAAUUGAUUACACAGUGAUGUAUCUAAUAGGCUUGUUUUUUAUUGUGAUGUCUUCAGAAGCACAAUAUUUUGAUGAGUGCAAGCAGGUGAUACCAAAGGUGUGCAGCCAAGGAUGUAUGGACAAUGAAGGAGGUUACAUUUGCUAUUGCCAAGAGGGCUACAAUCUUAUAAACCACACAUACUGUCGAUCUAUCGGCCCAGACCCAGUCGUCCUUUUUGCAGACCGUUCGUAUGUAAGUGAAUAUCACCCAAUUACAAAAAAACACCGAAUUAUUGCAAAUAAUCAAAGAAACGCUGUGGCUUUAGAUUAUGACAUCAAGAAGAUGAAGGUUUACUGGUCUGACGUGUAUCUUAAUCAGAUAUACCGUACUAAUAUAAAUGGCUCUGGUGUACCAGAGGUUGUCAUUACUGGGGCUCACACACCAGAUGGAAUAUGUGUUGACUGGGUUUUCCGUAACAUGUACUGGACUGAUACGGGAACCAAUGUCAUUGAAGUUGCAAGCCUUGAGGAUCCAAGCAAACGGACCACUCUCAUUUCAGAUAAUUUAGAUGAACCAAGAGCUAUUACUAUUGACCCAAGAAUUGGGUACAUGUUCUGGUCCGAUUGGGGCCAGGCAGCUAAGAUUGAACGCGCAGGAAUGAACGGAAAGCAAAGACUAACCCUCGUUGAUGCCGACAUCUACUGGCCAAAUGGUCUGACCACUGAUCUUGUUAGUAAACUUCUCUUCUGGGUGGAUGGUUUGAGACACAGCCUAAGUAGCAUUGACUACAAUGGUCAUGGUAGAAGCACCAUCCUCCAAUCAAGUUCAAUUUUGCCUCAUCCAUUCUCUAUUACCGUGUUCGAAGAUUAUGUUUACUGGACAGACUGGCAGAAGAAAAGUAUCAUUAAAGCCAACAAAUUCAAUGGAAACCAUACCAUAUUGGUUGAACAUCUUUAUUCUCCAACUGGCAUCCAAAUAUAUCACCCUCAAAAACAAAUCGACGGAAUUAAUAACCAUUGUGAAGGUCAUAACGGUGGAUGCUCUGAUCUGUGUGUAGCUGCCCCUGAAGUGAGCGAUAAUUCCGCUAAGUAUUCCUGUCUGUGUCCUACAAACUCCUCCUUACUGGUAGAUGGACGGACAUGUGAGGGAUCAGAAAAGAAUCCACUAACACCAGGUUAA